AUGGCGGGUCCUCGCGGAGGCCACGUACUCGCGGCAGCGACAGCCGUGGCGGCGGCAGUGGCGCUGCUCGCCCUCAUCCGCCGCCGCCGCCACUUGCAAGGCCCUCUCAUCGACGCUGAUCUGGACGGCACUUGGCCGCUCCCACUGGCGCAGCCAGAGGCGGUGGGGCUAUCGACCCAGCGCUUGAGUGAGAUCAGCCGGUGGAGCGACGGCUGGGUCGGCUCUGGGAAGCUGCCUGGGCUCUUCACCGCCAUCGCUCGGCGAGGGAAGCUGGUUUAUGCGCACUCGAGCGGCUCUGCAGACGUGGCCAGCGGCAGCCCGCUGACGCAGCACACCCUCGUCCGCCUCUACUCCCUCACCAAGCCGCUCGUCUCCGUGUGCGCGAUGGUGCUCUACGAGAAGGGACUCUUCCAGCUCGACGAGCCCGUCUCGCAUCACCUGCCUUCGUUUGCAAACGCGCGGGUGCUGCUCGCCUCGGGCGAGAUCGUCCCGGCGGAGCGCGAGGUGACUGUGCACCACCUGCUCACGCACACCGCCGGGCUGACGUACGGCGACUCGGACACCGCCGUCGACGAGGCCUACAAGGCGGCGGGCUGCGGCUGGGAUGCACCGUACCACCUCUCGCUCUCCGACUUUGUCGACCGGAUCGGCCGGCUGCCGCUCGCCUUCCACCCCGGCGAGUCGUGGCGCUACUCGUACGCGACGGACGUGCUCGGCCGGCUGCUCGAGGUGAUCUCAGGCCUGCCCCUCGACCGGCUGAUGGACGAGACCCUCUUCUCCCCGCUCGGGAUGGCCGACUCUGGCUUCGUCGUGCCGCCGGAGAAGCUGCCGCGCUUUGCCGCAAUCUACGAGGCGUCCGAGGCUCCGGGCCGCGUCGGCGCCGUCGCGCGGCAGCGCCGCCGCUUCGAGCGCGGCGGGUCCUUCGCCACGCUGCUCUGGUCGCUCCGCCGGUCUGCCGACGCGGGCAGCCAGCCUGUCCUCGCGCACGUCUUGCGGCAGCUGCACGACGGCGGCGUCAACAAGGUCGUGCUUGUGCUCGGCGCGCGCGGCGCGCUCAUCCGGGCCGCGCUCGCCGAGAUGGGCCUGAGCCCUCAGCUUGAGAUUCGCUUCGUCGACCUCGGCGCCACCUUUGCCAACGGGUUCGCCGCCUCGCUGCUCGCUGCUCGCUCUGAGGUGGGCGAAGCCGAUUUUCUGAUCUGCACGCCCGACCACUUGUUCGAUUGCUCGCUCGUCCCGAGGAUGCGCCGCGCGCUCAUCGACGCGGCGGGCGGCGACGGAAGGCCGUCGGUCUUCGACGCGGUAGCCCUUGUCGAGGAGGAGCCGGUCGAUCGCCACAGGCGCGGCCUUCCGGACAGCAUGGUGCGGGUCGCGAUGCAGAGCGAGGAGCACGGCGGGGUGGCGGCGGUGCUGCAUCUCGGCGAGGGCACCAUGCCCGAGGCGGGCCCGGCGGUGCGCCACGGCGUCGAGGCGGGGAUCUACGCGUGCACGCCGGCCGUCUUUGCGCGGCUCGAGGAGCUCAGCCUCCACCUAGACCACUUCGCGCUGUCCGAGGCGAUGGCGCGCCUCGUCGAGCACGGGCGGCUCGGCGGCACGUCGACGCGCGGCCGCCCGUGGUUCGCCUUUGAGCGGGCCCCGGCGGCGGAGCAGGAGCGAUUCCACGUCAUCGACCGGCGGCUCAACGAGGCGGCGCUCACCCCGCCCUCGUCACCUCUGUCGAUGACGAGACGCCUCGCUCAACGGCUCAACGGCUCACCGCGUCCGUCGUCCCCGUCGCCACCGUCGCCACCGUCGAGACCGACGAGCAGCGCCUCGCCGCCACCGAUCCAGGCGGCGUCGCCGUGGCGGAGGGAGCCCAGCUCAGCCGACCCACCGCCACGCCCCCGCCGCUUCCACGUGCUCGACGACGCCGAGGCGGGCGACUUCACGGUGCGCCGCCCCUUCCUCGAGGCGGGCGGCGGCGUCGUCUCGACGGCGCACGAUUACCUGCGCUUCGCGGCGAUGCUGCUCAACCGCGGCGAGCUCGACGGCGUUCGGAUCCUCUCGUGCAAGACUGUCGACUUUAUGAAUUCCAACCACCUGCCGCUCGGCGAGGCCGGGCUCCACCGCGUCGACAUCGAGGCGAUCGCGGCCGACAGUGGCUUCGCGGAGACCGGCUUUGACGGCAUCGGGUUCGGCCUCGGCUGGAGCGUCAUCGUCGAUCCGAUCAAGGCGCGCCUGCUCGCGAGCAAGGGCGAGUUUGGCUGGGGCGGCUGGGCGAGCACCUUCUUCGCUGUCGUCCCGCGCGAGCAGAUGAUUGUGCUCUCGCUCGCGCAGAUCGCACCGUCCGAUCGCUAUCCCAUCCGCCGCCAGCUACGGACCAUGGCCAUGAGCACUAUAGUCGAUUGA